AAAGCUGCUAGGAUAGAAGUAAACAUAAACAUCACUAAAUCUUUAAACCCUCAAUAACAAUAACUGGCAGUUUCCAAUCGCUGCAGUUCGUGCUGCUGCUGAAGAAAUGGGUUUUAGCAGGCUGUUUUUGGUCCUCCUGAGAAGGAAUGCGCCGCUAUCGCUGUCACCAUUGCUGCCACAGUGGCCUUGCAGAAGCACAUGUAUACUUCCUGCGUUUCUUUCUAACCGGAUACCAAUAUUUGGGUCAUAUAGGGGGGUGGCUCAUCAUCGUGCCCUGCUAUCCAAUGAAGCACCCAUUGACUCUAGGUUGGAAUUUCUUGCAGAACAGAUCGAACAAUUCGAGAUCGAUGACAUAAAACAGCAAAAUGUUGAAACCCACAAAAUAGAACAACGGGAAGCAGUGGAUGAGGUGAUUGGUGGAGUUAGUUUGGAGAAGAAUAAAGCAGAAUCUCAGUAUCCAUGGCCAGAAUGGACUGCUUUGAUGGGAUAUUUGGUGGCAAAUGAUUACUUCAAAGGCUUUGUAGACGAUGACGAGAAUGAUUUUUUGAAUAAUUCCGACAUUUUGAAGGAUUAUAAUCAUGUCAGAAAUGCCUGCCUUAACUUUGGUCGGGAUCGUUUUGAUAUAGUAAGAUCCUUGUCCAGGGAAGAUAUCCGGGCACUUGUGGAACAUGGAUGUCCGAGUUUAGAUAGAAAGGUGGUGAAUUCAGGGAAGCGUUUGAGGUCAUAUGUGAACAUAGAGGAAGGAGAAGUGUGCAGCAAAUGCAAUUUAAGGGGUUCCUGUGACAGAGCAUACAUAAAUGCCCCUAAAGAGGAAUGUGAACGCACAGUAGAUUUGAUGAGGAUUCUACUGACUUAUGGCAUUGAUCCAGUAAUGAGCUCAACUGAAACUAAAUUACAAAUGAAAAAAACUGUUAAAGCAUCUAUACGUAACCUGCUGAAAGAUGUGGUUGAGUUGGCUGCAACUCCACUUGAUCCAAACCUACCACGGCCAAUACCCAAUCAGCCUGAACCAACGAAAAAACAGGCACCUCCACCACCAAAGCGGAUAGGUCAUGCUGAUAUUGAAAUGAAGGAAGGGGAUUGGCUUUGUCCAGGGUGCAAUUUUGUAAACUUUGCUAGGAACAUAAUAUGCCUACAGUGUAAUGUGAAGCGCCCAGAAAGUAGCCUACAUACAGGCGAUUGGGAAUGCCCUGAUUGCAGCUUCUUCAAUUUUCAAAGAAAUAUGAAAUGCCGCAAGUGUGAUUGCGAUUGUCCAAAGGAUGACCACACAGAAAUUGCAAAGCAGCUAAAUCCAGGAGACUGGAAAUGCCCAAAAUGCAACUUCCUGAAUUUUAGAAGAAAUAUGACAUGCCUUGAGUGUGAUUAUAAGCAUCCAAAGAACGAUCAGACAGAAAUUGCAAAGCUGUCAAAUCAAGGGGACUGGAAAUGCCCAAAGUGCAACUUUUUCAAUUUUAGAAGAAAUAUGACAUGCCGUAGCUGUGAUUUCAAGCAUCCAGGAGAUUAUAAUACAGAGAUUGCAAAGCAGCUAAAUCCAGGGGACUGGAAAUGCCCAAGGUGCAAAUUCAUGAAUUUUGGAAGAAAUUUGAGCUGCAUUAGGUGUCAUUUCAGGCAUCAGAAGGAUGAACAUGAAGAAUAUGAUUUUCAUGCAAAAACUAAUGAUAUGUUAAACAGCCCCAGGAGAAGUAAGAGUGCAGGCCUUAGUGGUGAUGAUUAUAAUUUUGAUGACUUUCCUGUGCGUGGAGGUAAAAGUGAAGUUGCACGUGGUAGAAUGUCAGGAGAACAUGGAAAUAAAAAUUUCAGUCAGUUUAGUUCAGGAAUCAACAGGUCAUCAUCAGUUGGGGUUAAUUCAAAAGACUUUUCAGACUUAGAUUUAUUAGAUGUUGAUGAGGGUGACAGCGGUGAUGACAGUGAUGUUGAUUAUAAACAGAAGAGGGUAGACAGUGGAAGACCAUCUUCUACAAGUGCUAGAAAGGGUGCUCGUGCUGGUAAUAAUUUUAAUUUUGAUGACUUUCCCAUUCGUGGAGGUAGUGGAACUGCAGGCUCAAAAAAGUUAGAAAAGAAUGGGAACAAAACUUUUAGUCAACAGAAUUCCAGAGGGGAUAAGUCUUCAUCGUUUGGGGAUGAUCCAAAUGACUUUUCUGACCUGGAUUUACAUGAUGAUGACGACGAUGAUGAUGUUGGCUAUAAAUGGAAGGGGGCAGAUGGUGGAAGGUCAUCUGGGAGGGCAUUUGAUAGAUAUGGUCGACUGUCUACCAGUUUUAAAGGUAAAGGAAAGGAUUUCAAUUAUGAUGACACUGAUGGUGAAGAUGGCUUGUUUGAUAGUGAUCAGGAAAAGAGAUUAGGGCCAUCCGAGAGAUCCUUAUCCUCAAAGUCAAAAUCAGUGAAAAAGAGUGUUGAAAAUUUUCGGGAUUUUGAGGAGGAUGAUGACGAUGACCUUUGUGAAUCUGAGGAUGAACAACCUCAUGUGUCAGGAGCAAACCAGAAAGGAGACAAAAGAUCCUUUGGAAGGGUAAUAGACAACAGAAAAGGAAGGCAGCCAUCCACUACUUGAGAAAUGAAGGGUUGAUAAUGAUGGGCUUAGAUGACCUUGACGAUCUUGCUGACAGUGAUGAGAGAGGUGAAAACUAUAGAAUGUACAAAGCAGGUAAAGUGGAAGCAAACAGAGACAUGAUUGGUGAUAAUAUAAUCAGAUUAUUUUAAGAAUAACAUUCUUGGAUAAGAUUUGAAAAUUCUUUUAAGCUAGUCACAAAAUUAGUAAUAUUAGAAGCAAUUAGAUGGGUAUCUGUCUCAGGUCUGUCUUCUGAAAAUCAGAACUGUUCCAUUCCAAGUUUGUUAUUUUCAUAGAAUUAAUUUCCAGCUUUGUAAAGUAUCCUUCAAUCACAAAAAUGCCUUAAGAACAUUUUGCCCACCAAUGGAUGUGCAUCCCAGUAGGAACUAGCUACUACAGUUUUUGCAGGCAUGUGUGGUCACCAAUGUUGUGCCACUCUUGAUAUCCUGAACAUGUUGGAGGCAUUAUAUUAGUACUGUUAAUAGAGAUAUUUCUAAGCGGAGUGCAUAUUGCUUCAA